CUUUCCUUUUCUGAAGCAAAAGGGGAAUGCCGAAGGGUUUUGCUGACUCAACGAGAAGCAACUGAGUCAACUAGCGCUGGAUAUUUAUAUCAAUAACACAGGAUGUAAGGGAGCGGAUGAAGAUCUGCCCCCAUGGUUCCGCUAUUUUAAGACACUGUUAGUUAUUAUAAGCUAAUGUUACUGUGUGAUUAAUAGUACAUGCGCUGAUCUCUCAACUCAACUGUUACUUGAGGCUCUUUCUGAGCGCUGCACCUUUAAAACAAACUGUUCCCUGUUUUCAGUCCCGACUGAGGAGCGACCGGUGGCCACGUACGGCUCUCAGCUCCACGGUCCGGUCCAGGACUACUUUUAUACAUAUACGACAUAGGAGCUUGUUUAAGCUCUUUGGGGUUGUUUUUUAUUGCCAGAGGUGAGCAGGGUAAAGUUUUGAAUGAAGGUUCCCCGCUGGGACUGUAAAGCGGGAGGAGGGGGCAAAUCGCGGGGUCGUCCAGGCUAUCGGAUCUGGGAUCUGCUCCCAUUUAUAACCAGACAGACGGCGGCUUGUUCGGGACAGAGCUGAGCUCAACGGACCUGCACUUUUAACCGAGGAGGACUCUUGGUUUUUAACUUUUAAUUCGUUGCUCCGGACGAUAAAAAAGGGACGGUAAAGUUUGGAAUAAAGAGAAAAGUUUCACCCUGGAUUCGAACCCGCGUUUAUCACUCACUUGUGAUUCAGUUAGGCUCUGGUUUUUACUUGUUACUUUACUUUAUUGAAGCAGAUACGCACUGUAUCUUCACAAUGGAUAAAUACGAGGAUUUAGGACUCGAGGCGAGUAAGUUUAUCGAGGAUUUAAACAUGUAUGAAGCAUCCCGGGAUGGUUUAUUUCGAACCAGGAGGGAUGCAGGAAAUAACCCCGACUUUGAAGAGACAAGGAAAGUUUUUGCCUCGAAAAUGACUAAAAUUCACAUGCAGAAACAGCAAGAGGAGAUGGCAAAAAACAACCAGGCUAUGAAAAUGAAUGGGGGCCACAACAGCACAUAUUACACCAAAGACAGACCGCCCAUCAACAGCUACAGACAGCCGUGUGAAGCAGCAGCGAAGCCCCCGAUGCUCUCUGGCCCGGUGCCGGGCACCGCGGCCGGGACUCAGUACGCACAGUUUGACGGUCAGAAACUCAACACAGGCAUUCAGUCUGAACUCCCAGCCGGCAGGGCAUAUGGCUACGGAAACAAUUACGAUAAUAAGGAACCACAUCCAUACCAGAACAACACCCCUACUCCUCCUAGCCCAGGAAACGCGUCUUACAGCGCGCCCACACAUGCUCGUCACCCGGUCAGUCAGCCGGCUGCCUGGGCCCCAUCCAGGGAGAUCCAGGUUUCUCCAUCUUUGCCUGGUUCUGGGGGCAGCAGUCCAUCCCAGCAGCAGCCCCAGCAGCGCCAGCCUGCACCUCCCACCUCCAACAGUCUUCCACCCCAGCAGAAUCAGGCUGCCCCCCCUCCUGUUAACCUGAGUCCAUCAUCAUCUGCUGGACCGGCCAGGGGAUGGGCUGGAGAUCCCAAACCGGACCUCAUCCCUGGCCUGCCACUCAGUGCCUUCACAGCAGGAGCUGACCUCCACAAGCAGCAGCCCUCCACAUAUUCUGCAACCCAUUACGCACCAUCUUCUUCACCUUCGAGACCCUCUACCAGCCAUAAUGGUCCUGUGGCAGCUUCAUUGCUCCUACCAGCACCUCUUGAAACAGCUCUACCUAAAGCCCAGGUGACGUCUGCUGCCAUGAUCCCUGGCAGCGUCUCCAAAAGCAGCAGCCAAGGUCAAGGUCAGAGCCAGAAACCUGUCUGUGGACAUGCGGUCAGUGCUGAACCUGAGGUCCUGCAUUCCCCUAAGGCGGUCCAACUGCCCUGCCAGCCGGUCCUCAUGCAGCCUGCUGAAAAGGGGCCUUCUGCAGCCGAAAUAAAGUUAGAAGCCCUCACCAACCGACUGGAAAAAGAGAUGGAUGCAAAGGCUGACUACUUUGGGCUCUGUGUUAAAUGCAACAAGGCUGUGUAUGGUGCCAGCCAGGCCUGCCAAGCUAUGGGGAGCCUCUACCACGACAGCUGCUUCACCUGCAGUGCCUGUAGUCGAAGGCUGAGAGGGAAAGCGUUCUACUAUGUUGGAGGGAGGGUUUUCUGUGAAGAGGACUUUCUGUACUCUGGUUUCCAGCAGUCUGCAGACAAGUGCAACGCAUGUGGACAUCUGAUCAUGGACAUGAUCCUGCAGGCCCUCGGGAAGUCGUACCACCCCGGCUGUUUCCGCUGUGUCAUCUGUAAUGAGAGCCUUGACGGAGUGCCCUUCACUGUGGACACUGAAAAUAAGAUUUACUGUCUCAAAGACUACCACAGGGUCCUGGCCCCGAAAUGUGCAGCCUGCAACCAGCCCAUCCUGCCCUCAGAGGGGUCUGAUGAAACCAUUCGAGUUGUAUCCAUGGACAAAGACUAUCACGUGGAAUGCUAUCACUGUGAGGACUGUAAGAUGGAGCUGAACGACGAGGAGGGUCACCGCUGCUACCCUCUGAAAGGCCACCUCCUCUGCCACUCCUGCCACCUGAAGCACAUGGAGCCUGGCUGCUCCUCUCCCAUCGCUGCCUCCUACUAACACUGCCGUAGGGGGAAGGAGACACCUGGUGGACGUGUGGAGGAACUGCCAAAGCAUGACAAUAUGACAGCAGGAGUGGAUAUAUGCAAUUCUUGUUGUAGAGGAUUGAUUAAGUCAAUGCAUCAGGUCAUACCAUGGUUUAAUGUGUUUUUAUUCCCCCAAAGGAAUAUUAAUGAAGUUUUUGUUAUGCCUGAAGAGGUUUUCACCGAUUAAUGAAGUAUAAUAAUACACCAAAGACCUAAUUUGAAUACAGUGAAGCAUUAUAUAUGGACUUUUAAAAGUGUUGCCAUAUUGUUUUUUUAUGUAAAUAUUGGCUGCAUUGACUGUGUAAAUAUCUGAUCAUCAACUCAUUUUAGAUACAAUUUACCCCCAACUUCACAAAUCAAUCUAUAAAUAAUCUAUCUAAUGUUUCUGCUGGAUCCUUAGCUAAGCUAUUGGAAAAUAAUGGUUCCAUCAUGUUCAAUUACAACAUACAAUAAUAACUAAUAAGGGACAUACAAAAAAGUAACAAAUUAGCAUUGAGUAUUAUUUGUAAAAAGUCAGCAUAACAUUAAUUAUUCCUUCCUUUUCCAGUUUUUGCAGUUACAGAAAAUAUUACUUUUCUUCUCAAAGUGGUAACCACACACACACUCAAUGCUUCUAUAUGUUGUCCUGCACACAGAGCCGUCACUGUGGCUCAUUUUCCAUAUGCACAUACCUGUAUGCAAUAAACAAUAUCCAAUAAUAACUUUUUUUAGCAUGACCAUUGUAUGGAAAUGUUAAGCAAUGCCAUUAUCUUCCAGGUUGCAAAGCCCCUGUUCUGUGUGUUUAGGUGCUACAGUUUAAAACAUUUUAACGUCUUGUCUUGCUCUGACUUGAUUCAGAGAGCUAAGUUAUCGUCCUCUGCAGUUAAUGAAGUCUGUUCUUAGCACUUAGAAAUAGAUUUGAGUUUUCUAUGCACCUCUGAAGACGCUGGUGUUAGGCCUGAAGAUCUAUAUGUAUUUUGUUAUGUUUGCAAACCGUAUAUUUAAAAAGAUUUAUAUUGUAGGUCUAUAUAAUUAUACUUUUGUUUCAUUUCGACAUCCCUUUAAAUACUAAUUUGAUUUGCAAUGGGAUGUACAGUUGUGAUUGCCUACGUUUGCCAUCCAAACAUUAUUCAUGUCUUGAGUUAACUAACUUAAUACUUGCUUGCCAUUUGAGGUCU